UCUACCUGUGUUACUCUCUUUCCCUGUCUUCUCAGCGCCUCCAGGAAGUGUCUCCAUCAGCUUUGUAAACCACACUGAGAUGAUGUUUGAGAAUCAGCAGUACACCCUGCAGUGUAGCGUACAGAACGUAGCUCCUGUUCAAAGCCUCAAGGUGACCUUCUACAGAGGAAACACAGCACUGGGUCACCUACGGUCCAACAGUGAACAGAAGAAACCAGUGAAUGAGACCUUCACCCUGAACAUCACUCCCAGUAGAGAAGAUGAUGGAGCUCAGUACUGGUGCGAAGCCAAGCUGGAGCUGGGACCAGCUGGUCCACAGCGCCCUCCAGUGGUGACAUCAGAAAAACUCCCUGCUCUAGUUCACUAUGGGCCUGAGCUAAAGGAGCCACCAAAUCCAGAUGUGAUCACAAUCACAGAAGGAGACACUCUACCCCUGAACUGCUCCUCUGUGGGAAACCCCUACAGUGGCAGCGUUCUCACUAUUAAAUCUGUUGGCUUUGAGCAUGAAGGACAGUAUAUCUGCACUGUGAGAAACACAGUAGGGACUGUCACCAAGGAGUUUAACAUUGAUGUGCAAGUCAACUCCACCCCAUAUAUAAUAUCUGGGACAAUACUGGGAGCUCUGGUCCUUGUCGGACUGUCAGUGGGAUGGUACUGCAAACACAACUGUAUGGGACACAGCAAACUCAGUAAAAUCAUCGUUACUGACAGCUGA